AUGGAGGGAGGGAAGGAGGUGAGGGGAGGGUUCGGCACUUGUGAAAUUUAUUUGGGUAUCGCAGUUUUAUGCUGGUUACCGUUGGAUUUACAGGUCGGAAUGGAAUGUGAGCCAAUGAAAGGGGCUUUGAUCCUUCCACCAGGUUGGGUCUUUAUAGGAGGGAGCCAGUACGCAGCACGCAGCAGGGCAUUCUUUAUAAGGUUGUGAGGAACCCCACUGCAGAGCCAAGAAAUCAUAAAAAUGUGAGACGACAAUGAAGCUAGGGGACUAUGGGAUAUAAUCUGGGGAGGUUGAAUUAAAUGGGAUGCUGAUGCUUCACAGGCUCAGUUUAAAUAUAGGCUAAUGUAUUCGUCAACUCCCGAAUACCUGAAUUAACUGUGCUGUGCACUUUUAUGGUACAUGCCAUUUGAUGUAACCUAAAUGCCACAUGAGGUGUAUCUGUGCUGACCUGUGUGUUUGCCAACUCCCAAAACCCUGAAUUAAUCUGUUCUCUCUUAUCGUACAUGGCAUUACCUGUAAAUUCCUCAUGACAUGUGCAUCUUUACUGACCUUUGUGUACUGACCUGUGUCUGGUCUCCUCUUCUCCAGAGGCGCAGGCUGCUGCAGGAGCUAGGAGACCAGCGCAUCCCCUUCCUCGGGCCCUCAGACCAUGGCUUCCAACAGCUGGUGAGUCAGUCAGUCAGGCUGGUCCAGAGUCCAGACCACUGUUCCAGGCCACUGUUGACCUUCUGUCAAUCCCACUGCCAUUGGUACUAGUCCUUCUGUCUAUCCCACUGCCAUUGGUACUAGUCCAGAUCUUCUGUCUAUCUCACUGCCAUUGGUACUAGUCCAGACCUUCUGUCUAUCCCACUGCCAUUGGUACUAGUCCAGAUCUUCUGUCUAUCCCACUGCCAUUGGUACUAGUCCAGAUCUUCUGUCUAUCCCACUGCCAUUGGUACUAGUCUUUCUGUCUAUCCCACUGCCAUUGGUACUAGUCCUUCUGUCUAUCCCACUGCCAUUGGUACUAGUCCAGACCUUCUGUCUAUCUCACUGCCAUUGGUACUAGUCCAGACCUUCUGUCUAUCCCACUGCCAUUGGUACUAGUCCAGAUCUUCUGUCUAUCCCACUGCCAUUGGUACUAGUCCAGAUCUUCUGUCUAUCCCACUGCCAUUGGUACUAGUCCUUCUGUCUAUCCCACUGCCAUUGGUACUAGUCCUUCUGUCUAUCCCACUGCCAUUGGUACUAGUCCAGACCUUCUGUCUAUCCCACUGCCAUUGGUACUAGUCCAGAACUUCUGUCUAUCCCACUGCCAUUGGUACUAGUCCAGACCUUCUGUCUAUCUCACUGCCAUUGGUACUAGUCCAGAACUUCUGUCUAUCUCACUGCCAUUGGUACUAGUCCUUCUGUCUAUCCCACUGCCAUUGGUACUAGUCCAGAUCUUCUGUCUAUCCCACUGCCAUUGGUACUAGUCCAGAUCUUCUGUCUAUCCCACUGCCAUUGGUACUAGUCCUUCUGUCUAUCCCACUGCCAUUGGUACUAGUCCAGAUCUUCUGUCUAUCCCACUGCCAUUGGUACUAGUCCUUCUGUCUAUCCCACUGCCAUUGGUACUAGUCCAGAUCUUCUGUCUGUCUCACUGCCAUUGGUACUAGUCCUUCUGUCUAUCCCACUGCCAUUGGUACUAGUCCAGAUCUUCUGUCUAUCCCACUGCCAUUGGUACUAGUCCAGAUCUUCUGUCUAUCUCACUGCCAUUGGUACUAGUCCAGAUCUUCUGUCUAUCCCACUGCCAUUGGUACUAGUCCAGAUCUUCUGUCUAUCCCACUGCCAUUGGUACUAGUCCAGAUAUUCUGUCUAUCCCACUGCCAUUGGUACUAGUCCUUCUGUCUAUCCCACUGCCAUUGGUACUAGUCCAGAUAUUCUGUCUAUCCCACUGCCAUUGGUACUAGUCCAGAUCUUCUGUCUAUCCCACUGCCAUUGGUACUAGUCCAGAUCUUCUGUCUAUCCCACUGCCAUUGGUACUAGUCCAGAUCUUCUGUCUAUCCCACUGCCAUUGGUACUAGUCCAGAUCUUCUGUCUAUCCCACUGCCAUUGGUACUAGUCCUUCUGUCUAUCCCACUGCCAUUGGUACUAGUCCAGAUCUUCUGUCUAUCUCACUGCCAUUGGUACUAGUCCUUCUGUAUCUCCCACUGCCAUUGGUACUAGUCCAGAUCUUCUGUCUAUCCCACUGCCAUUGGUACUAGUCCAGAUCUUCUGUCUAUCCCACUGCCAUUGGUACUAGUCCUUCUGUCUAUCCCACUGCCAUUGGUACUAGUCCAGAUCUUCUGUCUAUCCCACUGCCAUUGGUACUAGUCCAGACCAAAGCAUUCUGUAUAUCCCACUGGAGACAGAGGACUUAGCACUUGGAAAGAGACUUAGCUCAUAGGCAGAACCAUAGAAUUAGAAUGAACAAUGGCUAGUUAUACAGUAUUUAUGUUGGCUGUUUGGUCUGUGUACUUGUUCUCUAUCAAUUGUUUCAGGCAGAACAACAGCUAAUUGAUCUGUGUUUCUCUGUAUUCCAGUGGGAGACUAGCUACUCUGGCCUGGCUCUGCGGCGUUCCUGCUCCCUGCCUGAGGAGCUCCAUGGUCGGGUGGAGGCUGCUCUGCUCACCCUGCGGCAGAGGGGCUGUUUCCUGAGGGACCUAGUGAAGGUGAGGGACCGAGACGUCUUCACCGCCGUGUCCCGGGUGCUGCUGGGUCAGCCAGGAACCACCUACCGCUACCUGGACACACGGCUCUUCACCAUCCCCUGGCACGCAGACGACCAGAGAGGGACCUGCUGUGACCCAGACCUCAGUGCCGCCUGCAAAGCACUCUGGGAGCUCAACUGCUUCUUCUGCUCUGAUGUCGGACACAGGAAGGAGGGGGAUGUUUUCAAGCAGUGCAGGAAAGAGUUGGUUGGUGCUAUAGAGUCUAAACCCAGUGUGGAAGGAGACACCGAGUCUAAAGAUAGCGAGGAGUCCAAACCCAGUGACGAUGGAGGAGACUCAGAGUCCAAGCAGAGUGAGGAGGGAGAAACUGAGUCAAAGCACAGCGAGGACUGGGACAUAGAGUCAAAACACAGUGAAGAAGAAGGCCCAUCGUCCAAACAGGAUGCAGCGUGGGAGUCAAGACACAGCGACGAGAUGGGAGACAUGAAGCCUAAACAAACUGAACUGGGGAGUCCAACGGGGUCAAAACAACACAGUGAGGGAAAACACACAGGCUGGAAGCACAGGCCAGCUGGCAGCACAGAGACAGAGACUACGGGCCUAGGCCCUCAGGAGAAGCCUGUGGCUGAGCUAAAACACAGUCUCUCUGGGUACCACAUUGAGGAUGAGGAUGAAGACCAGCUGAGUGGCCAGGGAUGCUCUCACCUCAACCCUGCUAAGACAUCCUGUCCUGGCCCGGCCCAGUUCAACGUCACCCUGCUCAACUACAUGGACCCAGCAGCUAUGAGCCAGCUGAAAGAAGAGCCGUAUUAUGGGAUGGGUAAGAUGGCUGUGGGCUGGCACCAUGAUGAGAACCUGGUCAGCCUAUCACCUGUGGCUGUCUACAGCUACAGCUGUCAUGACGAUGACAAAGGUGAGGGUCAAAGGUCAUACAGUAUACUUGUUUUAUAUCACAGUCAGUAGUGGUGGAUCCCCUUCAAACUAGACCCAAAGUUCCUCAUUAACACCCUUCAGUCUCACUUGUUAUCCCAUUUUUAUCAUUCCACCCACAACCCCUUAGAAGUAGCUAUUUUCUUCUCCACUGUGAUAUCAUUUUGAGCUACUAUCUCUAUCUGAUGCAGCAAACAGCUAACGUUGUGUAUGUGGCCCUACAGCAGCUCACUUCCAGCAGCUAUACAGCAUUUAUCUCAGACAUGGCCUCCAGUGAGCCAGCCAUCAGAUCUAUCAGCCAGAUACUGUCAGGGCAUUAUCAAAUGUCAUCACAGGCUGCCUCUGUUCUGCUCUGACAGGCUAGGAUGCCUUAUCGCUAGCAGGGCCAGGGAGGGAGGGAAGAUCAUCAUCACACACUCUCUGGGACACAUUCAGGGGCUAAACACAGGCCGAACGGCACACUACAAAACUCCAACAACUCGCCCCGCCUUAUCUCUCAACGAUCUGAUCUAAGUAAUUUCCUCCAGGAAUUAUCAAUGUGUAAUUAUCUGAUAUGGAAUAAUGAGUCCCUGCUUUGAUAACUGGUUCUAGACUGUACAGCAGUAUUGAGGCAGUGUUUAGCCUAGUUGUUUUAUCAUAGUGGGUCUCGGCCUGAUUUUGUAGGGCUGAUAUGAGUGUAUCUUUUUUUAUGGAGUUCAUUGCUAUUGAAUCAGUGAUCAUCUAACAAAAUUAUGAUUGAUCAUGAUCAUAUUUUUAAAUCCAAUAUUUACUCCGUUUUACUAUCAAGGUGCAGGAUCCCCUUUUCACAUGGCAAUACAGUGCAAAACCAUAUCUCAGCCGCCUUUGCAGCGGGCCGACCUCAUCUCAGAGGGAUUGGCUAAACAGAACCACCUGCUGUAGAGGUCUGCGGAGAUGAUUUGUUCUGACCCUUGACCCCUGGGAACGCUGGCUUCAAACACCACAGGACCGACCAGCCGGGGCUGUAGUCUAGGUACACUAUUCUAUCUGCAGCUGUGCCUUUCCUUUGUAGGCCAAACUGACCCCACAGCACCAGACUUCACAGGCAAGCCUGACAAAAGCUCAGCAGCACUGCUCGCUAACCCCGCUGUGCAUUACUCAAGAAAUGCUAUGUUCACUUUGGGCCAGAUCGUUCUGAAGACUCUCAGAACCACAGAGAUGGAAUUGUUACCAUGCGGAAUGUUUUUACGAGGGGGCCCAUGUUUUUUACAUUGUUCUCGGCUGCGCUGCACACAAAGCCCCUCUCUCUCUCUUUCUCAACUCAAUAAUUGAGCCGUUUAGCAUUACACAGUCUGGUACGUACAGUAACCAUUAACCAUCUAAGCGUGUUUAUUUGCACGACACCUGCCUUUCUUUGACACGCUUAGUUUUCAUGUCUGGUCUGGGUGAAGUCUAGUCUUUGCCUCUUUUUCCCAAGGCUUUGUCUCUGGUGUUACAGAAUGGUUCUAUUUAGAGUAACCCAGCUGCUCUGAUCCGGAGGAAUAUGGCAUGGAGGCGGAGAGUUUUCCGGCUGGAAAGACCACAAUGCUCUUUACUCCAGCUCCAACACCAUUCCCAUCCUGGGUCCUUUGGGAGCAGUGUCAUUAACGGCUCUCUCAGAAAGCACUGGCUGGAAAUUAAGUUACUAUUUAUCCUCUGCUGAGUAAAGGAAAAGGUCUGAUUUGCCGUGGGGCUGAGAGAGAGGCCCAGGAAGACUUUAGUAUUGAUUUUUGCUGAAGGGUGUGGACCUAACGGGCUGGGUAGAUCUGGUUUUCUUACCGUGCCUCGGAUGGAGGACAGCCAGGGAGAGGCUGGGGGAGAGGCUCAGAGACUGGCUAUGGGAGGAGAAUAGUCCCCACUACCCUGUCUGUCUGCUGCCCCUACACACACUAGCUACCUAACAUCAAAUACUUUUAUUAAAAAGGCUGUCCUCUUGUACAGAAACUGUGAUGAAGUUGUACUGAGGGAAAAUGUAACAAUAUGCCCUGUCUCCUACUGUAUAUUUGGUUCUGAUCUGACUGACUUAAGUGGUGGGAUUGUUUGUGUUUAGCAGGUGUGAGCUCGGAGGAGGGUCCUGCGGAGAAGGGCUGCUGGAGGAUUGGUCUAAAGGUGGCCUGGGACAUCCACACCCCUGGACUGACCCUCCCACUGCAGUCCGGAGACUGCUACUACAUGAGAGGUACUGGAGCAUGCACGCACAUACUCCUUUUACAUGACAUCUCUAGUCUGUGUGAGAUUUACACUUCAUGUUCUAGUGUGUUUGGUUUACUGUGUCCCUACUGACCCAUAGAAGCAGGAUGCUCUCCAGACUCUCUCUCUCUUUUCUCUCUCUCUUUCUUUUCUCUCUCUCACUGUCUUCUCUCUUUUUCUUUUUCUCUUUCUCUCUCUCUCCUCUCUCUCUCUCUCUCUCUCUCUCUCUCUCUCUCUCUCUCUCUCUCUCUCUCUCUCUCUCUCUCUCUCUCUCUCUCUCUCUCUCUCUCGCUCAUCAUUGUGUUAGUCUGAACCCAACCCCAUCAGAAGCCCUGUUCUGUUCUGUUCCGCAUGCAGCUUGGACUCUGGCCUGCUCGUGUAUCUGUAACCCUAAGGUUCCAUGUAAUUGCAUGCAUUAGCGAGGUUAAGAAAACCAAAUGUUAUUUUAUGAAGUCCUGUGACCCGGUGCUGUGGCAGCGGUGCUGGUGGUGUCUCUAUGGAGUGGAGAGGACAGGCAGCGGGCCAUGAGGGUGUAAAUCAGACCUUAAUGCUGAUGGCUACAGCAGAUGCCUUCCCCUUUCAUCUCCGCCUGCUGGGUCGGGCUGCUCUUAACUUCUACAGUACAGGACAAGGCUACACAGCUAUUAUUAGCUACCACUAGCUUCCCCAUCACAGCAGCACGACAUGUCCCACACUGUGUAUGGGUUAGGACCUCCAAGACAUCAUUGUGUGUAUUUGUCUGGGAUCGUUGGUGAAAUAUGACUGCAUCGUUUUUUUGGACACAUACGAACAGACAAGCACACAAAGACACAGGCAAGAACAAGCAGGCACAGACUCAUAUUCACUACCUCAAAACAUGUUGAUCUGAGUAGAAACCAUGAGUUGGAGUGACCUCACAGGACAUAACUCAAACAGCACAGGAGAAUUUACCCCUAACCCAGACAGGAUGAGAUUUGUCACGUUCAGUCCAGGCAUGAUAACAGAGUGAUGGGCUGCUCUAGAAACACAAUUGUAAUUGGACCUGACUGGACUGGAUCAAUGGCGAUUUAUGUGCCAGUUUGGGAGAUCCCUACAGGAUCACUAUGAUACUGUAGCAGCUCACACAGUCUCUCACUCCUACACCUGGAUCAGGUACACAGUACAGACACUAACUACUGUCAUCAACCAAGAGUAAAUUCAAGAAAGUAGUCUACUCAGUAUUUCAUUGGAGGUUAUAGCAUGCCUUGACAAGGGACAGAAAUAAAAGCUAUCUUUGUGAUGCCUGGUGUCUUUGUGGUGUUUUGAUAAAGAACGUUCCCGUGUACAAUCACAGACACCAUCAUUCCUUUUUAGCACCGUUUGUCAGUGACUCAACCUCUGAACUGCUAGUGUUGUGCGUGUCUGCGUGUGUAAUAUGUGUGUGCAAAUUUAAUCAGCCAUUAUUUCCACCCAAAUGGAAUUUCAGUGGUUAAAAAAGAACAAUUCAAGUGUGACACCGAGCCUGUUGGGUAAUAAGAUUUCCAACUCCCAACUCACGGGGGACCUGAGAAAGAGUUGACCCAAUAUAUUUAAAAGCCUGCUGCUUCCUGGAAAAAAGAAGGGGACAAGUGGCAACAGAUGAGGGGGUAGAGAAAGAAAGAUAAAUAUUUAUUACAGGAAUCGAGUUUGUCCCCCCAGUGCCAUCAGACUGUGGAGGAACAGAUUGAUGAAGAUCAUUUAUUAUUGGAUAUAAACUGUUUUAAAGACGGGAGUCAUUCCGCCCAGAGACCUAAUCCUUCACAAUCUCAUCAGAGGAUAACACAGAACAGUGGGAGAACUUGUUUUGUUUGUCAUGCUAGCACAUAAUAAUAUCUAUCUUCCUAAAGCACUUCACUGUUUGACUUUCAAAUCAAAGGCAUUAGCCAGCCACACUGCUCAAGGCGGGGUGUAAAUAUGCACAUGUGCUGUGAGUGACAGCUCUGUCAUGGCUAAAUAAAUGAUUUGUUUGUGAAACCAAUAAUAACAGAGCUGGUCGACAUCUAAACACACAAACAAGCUUGUGGACUGAUGGGACUGAUACACUAGAAACAGCAGUUGGGAUCCGAUCAGGAUCUUUGUUUAUUGGAUAAAUGUUUGUUGAUAUGAGUCCUCCAUCAUGAGGGAUUGAAUGAGAUCUGGCAGUGUUUGAUCAAUGAAGUAGAAUAAUGUUCCCAUUUCACUGAUCCUGCUGCUGGACAGAGUGUGGUAGAUAGAGGACCCUGCAGCCUAUUUAGUUGCUGUGCGCAGCAACCAUUUUUUUAUGGUGCGAAAUGUUUUGCUACGGCGUAGUGGAAGAAUGAGAGAAGGUGAUACUCGCAACUAGUGACUGGCUGGCGUGGGAGCACAGUGUGAUGAUUCAGUCACGAUUUAUGACAUUGUUUGGAUGGCAGACCAUCUGUAGGAUAUCACAGGGAUCAAACACACCUUAUCUUGCUACCAAGCUCCUGUGUGUAUCAGACACGCAUAGUUUUUUCUCAGAGAGAUUAUUCUGAAGUGAAGACACAUGUAUCCACGUUAAGUCUUAACCUGUUGGUGAUAGUCAUUUACUCAGUGUUAUUCUGUAUCAUGUAUUUUCAUGUACACUGCAAUUGUUUGAGUGUCAAUUAUUUUGUGACUAAUACAUUCUAUUAGUUGAAUUGAGUAAAUGCAUUCCUCAUUUUACUGAGUCAUUCUUUGAUUGACUAUAUGUCUAUAAUUUAGUAGGUCUAUUGAUAGUUGUUAAUUACACUAUACACAUAGCACAUGCUUGGGUACCAACUCGACAUCUCUGAUCUGCUUGCCUCAAUAAAUGAAUGCUAGAACAUUGGUCGCCAGGAUUAGCUAUUUGUAUCUAGCCUCUUAAUAAUUGCAUAAUGAUGCAAGAUAGACUCAUGUUCAUUAUAGUCAUACUGAGAGGUGAUGCAAUUAUUCGCCAUCUUGCUAUAUCCUCCAGAGACACACAGGGCCUGUUGCAUUUGUUCACAUAAUAAUGGAGUCACAUUGAUAAAUGUACUUUAUUAUUAUUCAACAUCAUUUCCACCUACAUAAUGGUGUGCCCUAAUGAAUACACCCAUGCCCUAACCUGUCCUGAACCACUGACACCUUUAAACAGGUACCUUUUCCAUGAACAGUGGUAAACAGUGGUGGUGAGCGACUUACAGGAGAAAUUAGGGUUAAGUGUCUUUCUCAAGGGCACAUCGACAGAUUUUUCACCUAGACUCUGUUGAUAACCAGACUUUGUAUCUGUGUUCUCAUAUAAUAGAACGCAUGACGUUUGAUAGGAUUAGCGAUAGCAUUGUUAGGUUAGCAAGAAAUGUUUGAAACUAUCCAUCUGUUUGAGUAUGGAGAAAUGGAGGGAAACACAUCACAAAGAGACAGAAGUUAUUAAACAGACAUUUCAAUUAUAUAUUUUGGAUCUUCAUUCGACAAGUGGACAGGUGUGGUGUGGUGUCCCAUGUCCUAAAAAAGGUUAAAACAGAAUUAAAACAUUUGGCAUUUGUGUAGGCCUAUAUUCAUAUGAAAUUGUUGUGGACAUCAUUGCCUCUUAAUAUUUGGGAUAGUUGACUGGUAUUGGUUGUGUGGUGACUGUGGUGUGUCCUCCUCUGUCCCCAGAUGACCUGAACAGGACCCAUCAGCACUGUGUCCUGGCUGGAGACUCAGCCCGCUUCAGCUCUACACACAGAGUUGCGGAGGUGAGGGAAGCCUGGGGUACACUGGGGGCUUGGAGACCCUGGCCUGAUUAUAAUAAUGAUUGAUUCAUUUUAUAAGAUACCGUAUAUUCGAUUACCUUUCUUUAACAGAUUCUACCUUCUAUUUUAGAAUCUAUUUUAGAAUUCAAAGAGGCCCUAUACUCCCAGAAUACAUGCAUUAUCUCCCAACCUUUUUUGACUGUCUGUCCUGUCUGUCCCCACAGUGUUCCACCGGGACCCUGGACUACAUCCAGUCUCGCUGCCGGGAGGCCCUGUCUAACCUGAGCACAGACCCAGAAACAGGCACCCACAGCCUGCUCUCCCUGCUGCCAGCUACCCUGCAAGGCUACGAGGAGAUACACAACGAGGUGGGUGGAUGUGUGUGAGUAUGUGACUGUGUGUGUGUGUGUGUGUGUGUGUCUGACUAACUUUUGGGUUUCCACGAUAGGCCUAACUUUGUGUGCUACCUACACUCUUAGAAAAAAAGGUGCUAUCUAGAACCUAAAAGGGUUUUUCGUCUGUCCCCAUAGGAGAUCCCUUUGAAGAACCCUUUUUGGUUCCAGGUAGAACCCUUUUGAUUUCCAUGUAGAACCAUUUACACAGAGGGUUCUACAUGGAACCCAAAAGAGUUCUACCUGGAACCCAAAAGGGUUCUACCUAGAACCAAAAAUGGUUAUCCUAUGGGGACAGCUGAAGAACCCUUUUGGAACCCUUUUUUCUAAGAGUGUACUCAAACAACCUCAUUCAAGGAAAGGGUAGUCGUGUAUAAUUUUUCCCUUUCGACUUUCGGUCACAUUUUGAUGGCAAAAUGUGGUCCUACUCUGUUAACCAGGGUUAAGGCCCCUCCAUAGGAAAAUAAAGAGGUUGUCAACAUUUAAGUUGACAUCAUUCAUAGCUACCGUGGAUAUUUACGUUAUGGGAUAAAUAUUUCAUAAGUCCAGGAUGCUCUUGUUUGUCCUGGGCGAUGAUGGAUAGUAAACAAAUUGGUCCUCCAUAAGGUAUCUAAGGAUCGAGAUCAUGGCCCCUUUUACACAGAACAAUCAGUGAAUCUGGCUCCGGGGCCCUGAGACCCUGAGACCCUAUGGGGGCCGUUCACACUUUACAGUGGCAGCCUGCUCAUUACAGCCUUCUGCAGCCCAGCCUGCCCCUGACUGCCAGGGGCAGUUAAAAUAGCACUUCACCUCUCCCCCUCCGCCCUCCUCUGUGUGUGUGUGUGUGUUAUCCUCACUACUCCCAGGUAACCACAGCAGCGGGCCCAGUCAGGAACCACACGGGAUGCCAUGACAGAUGAGCUUGGUGUGAGGUUGUUUAAAGGUUGUAGCCAGUAUUAAUUAUUCAGACACCAAACAAUGGGGCUGAGAGAGAGAGAGAGAGAGAGCUGUAGGGGGAGAGAGGGAAUGAGAGAGAGAGGGGGAGAGAGAGGGAAUGAGAGAGAAAGGGAGAGAGAGUGAGAGGGCGGGGGGGGGGGGGGAGAGAUGGAGAGAGACAACAGCAGCCUAGCCAACACCUGGUCUCCAUCCCAGAGCAGAGAGAGAACACCUGCUCACAGCACAGCACCACAGGAUUACCCAGUGUAGGCCUGGCUGGGGGGCGCACACCGUUUAUUUAGGAAAACAGGACGCUAUUUAUAAAAGGCUGGGAGGCUCUCUCGGGGGCCUGGCCCCGCUCUACUCUACCUGGCGUCCCCAGGACCAUGAUGAUGGAUUUGGCCAUUUGUUCUGAGUUGCCCAUGAGGGCAGAACACCCACUUAAAUUAUGUAUUGUUGGCAGAGUUAUUUAUUAUGGCGGCUAGUUUUGGCGGUUGGCGGGCGCAUAUUGCACGGGUCAUGUUUGACAUGGAUGACCGAAGAGCAAACAAGCAGAGGCUGGUCAAACAGGCUGACCUGACCAACACCUAAUGGGCAUUUCCUUCAAAAUUGCUAAACAGGAGAUCGACCGGCUGGCUGAUGCUGAUGUUCUGUGUGUGUGUGCUUAGAGGGGGUUUGACAGUAGUUUGGGUAGGGUUAGAGAGGGAAUGGGGGAUGUUUAGGGUUGUUAUGAUGAUGAAGCUGAACGUCUGCCAUCUGAGGAACGUGUGUUCAGGGAGAGGGAGAGAAUGUCAGCAGCCAGAGGAGAAGAGUUGAAGCAGGGGUUGAUGGGUAGAGAAUAGGAGAACAGCACCUGGCAUAGCAGAGUGAGAGAGAGGGAGGGAGGGAGGGAGGGAGGGAGGGAGAGAGAGGGAUGGAGGGAGGGAGGGAGAGAGAGACCCCAUCUUCUAGCUGAUUCUAGGUCCUGGUCUCUCUACUCUAAUCUUCCUGUCUGUGCGUUGGAACGGUGGAACAAACAGGGGGCUAGCAUCACAUCCCAUCUCCACACGGCCCUGUUUGUGUGUUGGAACGGUGGAACAAACAGGGGGUUAGCAUCACAUCCCAUCUCCACACGGCCCUGUUUGUGUGUGUGUGUUUGGCUUUGAAAUGCUAAUCCCAGACACAAACGUCUUGUCUCAUUUAAAGCCAGCGUGUCACUUCCCAGGUGAGUGUGUGACAGUGUGCCCUCUGGGACCCCCCUAAUGAAGCCUGUCCCUGCUCAGUAAAUAUUGGAGGGAGGGACACAGUAACUAAGUCCCACAUGUCUGGUUCUGCUAGAGACGGGGGGAAGUAAAGUAGAAGUGUAAUCAACCAGGUAGUUCCUCUGACCUUCCUCUGUCCUGUACAGUAUGUUUUCCAGGCCAGGCCUCUCUUUCCCUAGUGAGUAACAGUGUUUGUGAAGUAGCUAAAAGCCCACACCACUUUUCCUUAUGGAGAGUCAGAGAGUUUCUUACCUGUAGGGAACAGUUUUUUCUUAUCCUAUUUUCAGUUGAGAAAGAAUGAAAUUGAAAUCUGUAAUUUGGAGCAUAUUAUUGUUUAUAGGCCUAUAGGUGAGCAAGGACAGGUUGGGUGAGUGUGUCUGUGAGUACAGUUUGUAUCGCCUCAAGGUAUGUGUGUGUGUCCUUGCCUGAGAGUGUGUGUGUCCACGGUAGCUAAGGUGUGAUGAGUGUGAAGUGUGUCCUGUACCUCUAGAGGCAGGGAACAGUGCUCAGUGCUCCUGGUUGAUGUGAUGUGGGAGCAGGAGCAGGUCCAGGAAAGUAAACAGAAAGAGGCAGGUUGAUAUCGAUCCCUCUCUCAUCAGGCCCUACCUCGGGGGCCGCACGGCACGACACAGCCGGAAAUUGAUUGGUCAGGUCUGCUGGGGGACCACCGAGAGGUGUGGAAAAAUCCUGCUUCAUUAAAUACUGAAGGGACUACUUGGCUUUGCCUCCUGGGUCGCCAUGGUGAGCGGGUGGCCGAGCGGAGGGCUAAUGUGCAGUUAGCACGUCCGUCACCUGGAGAGAUGACAGGAGACACCACAGGGGAGAGGACCCACUCAGUCUCCCUGCUCCCAGAACCCAGAGCGGGCUAGGCAGAGGAGAAAAUCUAGCCUAACGAUGGCGAUGACUCUCUCCAUCUCUCUCUCUCUCCCUCCCUCUCCCCCGUUCUCUCUUUCGAUCUCUCUACCUGGGCAGGUGGCAUUUAGUCAGCGUUCCCCUCUCAGUAACUCACAGCCGGGCGGCUCAGGCUCCAAAUGCCAGGCGCCCCACAGAUGCCGCAGUCGCCUGGCUUUGAGGCUGCCAUCGCCAUGCUCGGCGGGGGCUAGGAGUCCAUGUCGGCUCAAAGUGGAGCCACAGGCUGUGUUCCCUCAGUAAAGGACAGACGGACAAUCAGAGAGAGAGGGGGAGCGGUGGGUGGAGGUAGAAAAAGGACAGUCGAUGUUUGUCCCCUCUCUCUUGCUUUGUUGUGUGUGUGAGCUGUACUGUUCAAGGGGGGGAGUAGAGUAGUGGAGGGUUGAAGAGCCAUAAAGCCUGACAUUUGUUUGAAGGGUCUGUUGUAUGGAGUGGUUGUGAGGGUGCUGAACAGUGCUAGGGCCCAUGUACCCUCCCGUACGUGACCCAGCCCCUGCAUGUCAAACCACUGUGAUCAGCCCCCUUUGGAUCCAAAAUGGCGGACAGUUUCUCUGUAUCCUGUGCCACUGCAUAGCCUGGAAGGCCAGCCACUGAACAAAGGGUGAAGUGGAAAUGGCUGUGUAUUCUUGUCUGCUUCUUCCUCUGUAUUCCUCCUUAUAUUCCUCCUUAUAUGUGUGAUAGAGCUAGUGUAACACUGUACCAUACAUCCUAAUACCCCCUACAAGAACAAUAAACAGACUGGUAGUUGGAGAGGAACAAUAGCUCUUGUAGUCGCUUUCACAUUUGAUAUGUAACUCUUUUGUACUGCUUGCCUUAUGUUCUACAGUUGUCCAUGUCAAACGAAAUGGGGCAUGUAUUGUUGGGAGGACGAUGCUGAAACAGUGCCGUUGUAGGAUGUUUAGGGGGAGGGCAACUCAGAGCGCCUUGCAUUUGCAUCACCGGCAUUUGGGGCAAUCUCUGACACACACACUUUCUCAGACAAGCACACACAUCCAUACACCGGGCUACGUGAGGCGUCCUUGUGAGGAUUAAAUCAGCACUUCAAAAGAGCUGAAAACAUAAACACUCCCAGUGGAGGAGAGGUGAGCCGCUCUGCAGAGUAAACUGUCAUUCCCCUGCGUAGCGAGGGAGUAGGGGAGGAGGAGGAGAAGGAUAGAGGAGUGAGGAGAGGGUGGAGCAAUGUGGGGUAUAGGUGUCUAGGGUCAGGGGUUGGUUUGGGAAAUGGGGGUCGAGGGCCGAUAGAGUUGUGAGAGGGGUGUAUUGUCUGCUCUCAUAGGAUUGACCAUCUGAGUAAACAGACAUUAUAGUAAGUCUAGACUCUAGUACACUUCAUUCUCUCCUGCUCUCUAUACUCCCCAACAGACAGAUUUAACCUUUUGUUAUCUCCUGUCUCUCACUCAUGCUCUAAAGCACAGUAGGAGUGUGAAGUCCUGUGUAGCUCAGUUGGUAGAGCAUGGCGUUUGCAACGCCAGGGUUGUGUGUCCGAUUCCCACGGGGGGCCAGUAUGAAAAAUGUAUGCACUCACUAACUGUAAGUCGCUCUGGAUAAGAGCAUCUGCUAAAUGACUAAAAUGUAAAAUGUAGAGGCCUUGGCGUUGAUAGAUUGAUGGACUUCCAUGCCUUUGUACCGCCAUGUUUUUGCAAGUUUGAGCGUUUACAAUAUUUCCAUCUGGACUUCAUACAGCUUGACUGAUCUACCACUGCCUGUCUAGGAUCUAAAGUAUUCCUAUAAUGCUGUAUGAUUCCUCUAUCUGACUUGACUGUGUUGUGUUGUGUGCAGGUGGAGUUUGAGUGGCUGAGGCAGUACUGGUUCCAGGGCCAGCGUUACACCCGGUUCUGCAGCUGGUGGGCCAGACCCAUGGAGCAGCUGGAGAAUGACUGGAGAGAGAUGGAGCUCAUGGUAAGACUGCACAGAGACACACUGGGGCCUUGUAAUAACACAUACUAGUGUGUGGUAGUGAGGUUGACAAACUUUGCCAAAACAGUCUAAGAUUGACAUUUAAGAGUGAUACAAAGUCUAAUCACAAAGAACUUUGCUAUAACACUUUAGUUCAUUCACAAGUUUCUGCAGUCAGUAAUUAUUAUUGUACACAGUAUCGUGUUCUAACAUGAUCAGGAUUCACAUCAGGAUUCACAUGAUCAGGAUUCUCACAGUGGAGAGCCUCCAUCAGGAUCUGAGGGUGAUUGGCUGUAUACAUCUGUGUAACAUCAAACACGCCUGUGCUUGAGUUCAUUGCACAAACUACACAGAUAAUAAUCAGAUAGUGCACUUGUGAUUGUGAAAUGUCUUUGUGUCACACCCCAGGUUUAAUCUGUUUCAACAUGGUCUUACUCAGCUCUUUGACACCACAUCACAAGGGAGUAGUAAUUGUUCUGACACAUCUUUCCAUUUUCUCAGUCAUUUCAUACUCAUAAAUGAGAGAGGAUGCGUUGUUCACAAUGAAGUCUACUUAGUCACAUCUGUUUACCGUAAAUGUGUGUGUGCAUGUGUGUGUCAGAAACCAAUGUUAGUCCAAUAUCAGCUCUGCUGUUGUAUCAAAGUGUGUUGUUACUCUGGAGAGUGAAGCAGUAGGGGGCACUCUUGUAUCACUGAAACAGCCUAGACCAGAGCUGUGCUCCCUCUCUCGCUCCUUCCCUCCCUGCAUCUCUCUCUCUCUCCUUCCCUCCCUGCAUCUCUCCCUCUCUCACUCCUUCCCUCCCUGCAUCUCUCCCUCUCUCUCUCCUUCCCUCCCUGCAUCUCUCUCUCUCUCCUUCCCUCCCUGCAUCUCUCCCUCUCUCGCUCCUUCCCUCCCUGCAUCUCUCUCUCUCUCUCUCUCUCUCUCUCUCUCUGUACUCUCUGUCUCUGUCAGUGUGGAGCGCUGAGCAGUAAUCACAUCUAAUGCUCAGGCAGGGAUAAAGAGAGGAGCCUGUAGAAGCACGGUGCUGCUCUGCACUGAGACACGGGGAGGCAGGCAGGCUGGCUCACUCCUGUCUACACAGCCAGGAGAGGGAGGAGAGGGAGGAGGGGGAGACAGGGGCUAAACUCAUCUAG